AGAGAGUCCAAUUCAGGAAGUCGUGUCUCUGACAUCAGUGGCAGGGCUGAGUUAGAGUGAAACCUCAAAAAUGCAGGGCGUGAGCCAGCUUGAGGGGAGGGAAAACAGAGGGAGCUUUUCUUACCGAGUGCAAACAAGGCAGCCCAGAGUCGGAAACGAACUGCCCAGAUGCUUAAAACAUCUCCACUUGGGAGGGGGUAAAGAGAGAAAAAGAGAAAGAAAAGAAAAGAAACCCUGGACUUCCUUCCAAAACUUUGAGCAGUGGUGACGCAGCUGGGCUUGAGAUCUUCUGAGAUCCUUGAGGGACCCUAAGAGAGCCGUCUGGCGAACUUGGAGGUUUUUUUCUUCCCUGGCUGCCUCCUCAACCUUCUCACCCUGACCUACAUUACUGUCUGCCAUCUGCCUGCUGGACCUCAGAGGACAGAAGUCAUCAGAGGAGCCUGGUGGCUUAGAUUAAAAUGUCCGGGUUCAUUCAUGACCCAACCAUUUCAAAAUGAAACCUAUGGAGUGAAAGGUGCUAUCUGCUGGGAUUUCCGGAUCUUCCUCAUCUUCUAUAAAGACAGGAGCCAGAGGAAGGACCACACAUCAAAGAGAGAGAGAGUCAAGCUGAGCCAGUGGAAAGGUGGUGAGCAGGAAGAUUUAAUCUGCCCUGAUUUAGUCAACUCCCAUGGAGAAAAUCAGCUCUUUCUUCAGCAGCCUCUGGAGCCUCAUCUACAGCAAACAUGAGCAGGGUCUCUUCAACACCAUCUGCCUGGGGAUUCUCCUGGGGCUGCCCAUACUGGUCCUUUUAGCCCUCUUCUUCAUUUGCUGCCAUUGCUGCUGGAGCAGGCCAGGCAAGAACAACGGGCCUUCAGAAAAGAACAAGAAGAAGAAGAAGAAGAAAGGUGAAGAGGAUCUAUGGAUCUCUACUCAACCCAAGCUUCUUCAGCUAGAGAAGAGGCCAUCAUUACCUGUCUAACAGGAGGAAGGAAGUAAAGGCAUCCUCCUCCUGAGACUUGGGAUCUUAGAUCCAGCCACCAAUGUCCAGGGAAGAAGAAAUCCAUGACAUGGCUACCUAGGUCCCCAGAGUGACUUCUAAACUAAAAAACUCCAAAGCUAGCAAACAAAACAGCCUGAGAGCCCUCAAGGCAAGCAGGCCUAUAUUUACACAUGCAAGGCAUAUUUUAGUCAAUCUGGCCUAGCCACUGUGGAUGUUCAAGAGAUGAGAAAUAUUUAACAAUACCUAUUGCAAUAGGUACAUGCACAUGCUCAUACCUACAUUAAAAAGGGCAAAUAGGGGCAGCUAAGUGGUGCAGUGGAUAGAGCACCGGCCCAGGAUUCAGGAGGACCUGAGUUCAAAUCCAGCCUC